CGCACCUGACCCAUCCGUUGGGCAAGGCCUAGGGCUCGAGUCGAGUCGAAUCGAAGCGGAGGCGGCGGCGGCGGCGACCGGCGGCGGAGACACCUUCGUCGAGCGGCGGCCGCGUCGUCCCGUCAAGGAUUUGGAUCGCUGCAGGCGUGCUGCCAGGACGAGAGAGAGCGUGAAAGGCGUCCAAACCCUUGGUUGUGUGUCUGAACUGUUCCAUCUGAUUUUAAGGAUUUGGAUCGCCGCAGGCGUGCUGCCUGGACGAGCUCGACAAAGGCGUCUGCACCUUCCUAAGAUGUCAAAGCUAAAGCAAGAUGUGUUCGAUAAGGCACAUGAAAAGGCAGUGGCGGCUACCACAAGGAAGAGGCCCAGACAAUGCUCGUAUAAUGAUCUUGAUACAAUUAGAAUCACCUCCAUGCCUACUGUGUUGCAACUUCUGCAAAUGUACAAGCAAGUACACAAUUUGUUUGUGAAGCACAGCGCUGCGUUGAUUCCGCGGAAUGUUAGUUUUGCAAAGCCUGAUGGAGGGAUUCCUACAACAUUCAAAGCUGAUUUUCUUGAUGGAGUUCCUGUAGCAUUGCCUUUUGAUGAGCAGAAUCUAUCCUUCUUUAUCCUUGAGGUCAUCACUGAUGACGAUGCUGUGUUUCAAUUCCCUAUGCGCUUGGAUAGCUUGUACUGCUGUGGGUUUCGAUGUCUUGAUCUUUGUGAUAACCCCUUGGAGAAGCUUUGGUACUCAUUUGGGAAGGUGUCGAUUCUUCCGAAGAGACUAUUCAAGAACCGAAAGAAAUCUGGGUUAUCAUUAGCUUACAAUAACUUCCGUAAAAUUCAGAUCUUUGCUGGUGUGAUUGCAAAAUUUUGUGAUCAUUUUCGGGGGUUCAGACCUGUUGAUAGUGCUGAUGAUGAUCUGGUGGGCCAGCAGUUAAAGGACACCUUGUUUUUUAUAUUCAGUGAAGCUUGCAGGUUUUGGUUUGCAAUGUGUGUAACCGUUAAAGGCUUUCAAAGUGAAACGGCAGCCCCUGUGCGUCUCACUGACCUGAUGGGAGAUCUUAUCCAAGAUUAUGGGGACACUUCUCGUCUUGGUGGCUACUUGUGGCUGGCAUUUCUGGAGAAAACGAUGGAACUGGCUGCAACCUGUUUGCAUGAUCCAGGUCGGUUUCCUGAUUUAUUGUUGGCAUUUGCCACAGAGGCCAAAAAUUUUGUGAAGUACACAGAGGCAGAUCCAGAGUUUGACAAUCAGCCGUUGAUCAAGUUCAAACGAUCAAGUGAUGAUUUGUGUCUUGGAGCAUUGGAUGGUGAGUCUCUUUUCAUUGUGAAGUAUAGCUGCGUCUUGAUUCGCAAGGCACUUAUGCGGGAUGCGGCUUAUGCAAGAAUCUUUCCAGUGAUGGAGCCAAUAUCUGGUGAGGAUGUCGAUUGUUAUGACGAUUGAGCACGGGACGGCGCUGGAGAUUGUCAAGCUGUUGUCGAAUGGAUGUUUGUAUGAUGGGUGGCAUAGGAAAGCAAGUGAUGCUGCAAGGGCGCGGCACUGGAGGAUGUCAGGCCUUUGUUUGAAUGUUUAUUCUCUGUUUUGGAUCUUUUUGUCAAAUGUUUCUCCUGUCUGUGGAUGCUAGAGCCAAUGAUGUGGACUUUCUGGGAUGUUGAAAUUUUGGUAGCAGUUGGCCACUAGUACUAAAUUUGGUUCCUAGGCCUCGGAUGUUUGUGUUGAGGACGUCGAAUGAUGCACUUUUGCUUGCUGGCUAACUGUGAAUUGUCUGAAGUUAGCCCAGUUUGGUUGUUUCCACUAGAUCAGCUUGCUGUGCUGAUCUAGUGGAAGCAUGCAUUGGAAGUUGACAAAAAAUUUAUUUGUGUGAA